AUGGCGUCCACAAUCAUCAAUCCGAUCAUUCCAGGAUUCAGUCCCGAUCCUUCAGUGAUUCUGAUUGGUGAUACAUUCUUCUUGGUCAACUCGACCUUCCAUCUGUUCCCUGGUCUUCCUAUCUAUGCUUCAAAAGACCUCGUCAACUGGACUCUGAUCGGAAAUGCAAUCAACCGCCAAUCCCAGCUCUCAUUACGUCUUUCCAAUACCAAACUCGAACCUCAAGAAGAUGGCACAGUCAUGCUUGCCACAGGCGGUCUGUUCGCACCAACCAUCAGACACGACCCGAAGACAGGAAAAUCAUACAUCAUCAACACAAACAUCCUACAUCCAGAGGACGGCGGCAACGACAUACCCGAGAACUUCAUUGUUGCAACCGACAACAUCUGGUCAGACAACUGGUCUGACCCGACAUAUCUGGAGUUCGAUGGCAUCGACCCUUCCAUCUUCUGGGACGAAGAUGGCAAAGCUUAUGUUUGUGGCUCGCAUGGACCAGGUCCAAUGACAACCAUCAGUCUCUUCGAGAUUGACCUGGCUACAGGCAAGAAGUUGUCAGAAGAAAAGACCGUCUGGAAAGGCACUGGAGGCAUCUACCCAGAAGGUCCCCACAUCUACAAGAAAGAUGGUCUCUACUAUCUGCUCAUCUCCGAAGGAGGCACUUUCAAAGACCACAUGAUCACUGUUGCAAGAUCUGAGAACAUCUGGGGCCCAUACGAAGGACACAAGAAGAACCCAAUCCUCACUGCAGCAGGUACUGAUAAUUAUGUCCACUGUACUGGCCACUGUGACAUGUUCCAAGAUAAGGAGGACAACUGGUGGGGCGUCUGUCUCGGUAUGCGCAUGCGAGAUUCGAGAUUCCACAUGGGUCGUGAAUCGUUCCUGGUCGCCGGACGCUGGGAACAAGGCGGAUGGCCAGAACUCGAUACCGUGGAAGUGACCUCCUCACACAAGUUCAAGACCGACGUGGUCAAAGCAACAAAGACCGGUUUGGACUGGCUCUACAUCCGCGACGCCAACCUUAAUCACCACAAACUCGAUGGCUCAAAUAUUCGCUUGACUCCAAGUAAAGUAGAUAUCUCCCAGUGGCAAGAGCCUGUGUCUUUUGUUGGCAAGCGCCAAAGAAAGCUCGAGGGACAUGCUUCGGUGAAGUUGACUCUGCCGAAGAGUGGGUCAUCUCGUGCGGGACUCGUCAUCUACAAGGACGAGCAUCGCUACGCACGUAUCUACUACGACAGCAGUAGCAACAACAUAUGCUUCGAGAUCGUGAACAAUGCAAAGAAGAUCAAUCGACAUGAACAAGAAGAGGUAUCCAAGGACGUUUCCGAUAUCCAGCUACUGAUUGAUUAUACCGAGGAGAAUCUUGUCUUACAGUACGAGGAAGAGCAGGGUGUGACAAAGACACUUGGAAACGUCGACACCGCGGAGUUGUCGAAUGCAGACUUUGUAGGUCCCAUCAUCGGCGUCUUUGCUGUGUCCGAGGGAGAGGGAACCGAGAUUGUGUUCACAGACUUCAAGCACGAGCAGUAA